AUUCAGCCUGCGAUCGUUUCCGAGGUCAGAGCUUCUCAUUGGCUGUGCGUGCAGGGAAUGUCAGCGGACGUCAGGCGGGAAGUGUGUGCGUACCAACAUGGAGAGAAGGACACUUGUGGAUAUAUCUUCACCUGUAAUUCGGGAGGCAGCGAUCUCCAGAACAGCCCGGCGACAAAGUUCCCAUCAGAGAGCAUCGACAGGUGACAACUGGUCUGGUUCCAAUCCUAGGACUCCUGGAUCCCUCUUGCGGCAUCAGAUGACUCCACAGCCAUGGAGUUCAUCAAGGCCACCAGAUAUUUCUGCAAUAAUGGGGUCAGCAGGGCGAUCACCUCGACUAGUACAGACUCCAAGCCGUCUGCGGGACGUUUCCAUGCUUUCCAAUAUGGAAGACUCGUUCUCCCCUCAGCGGACAGGAAUGUAUAGUGUAUUUGAUAGUCCUAGUUUCACCGAAGACAUAACACUUAGUGCAGUUAUGAUGAAAGAGGAAGACCCAGGAGAAACUGCCACAAUGAGCCUGUAUCAGGAAUUUCUUAAUUCAUUUUUGAAGCUUCCUUCCAGUUCUGUGUUUGAGCUUAUAGAAGAAUAUGAGACUAUGUGCCGUGAACAGGUCGGUUUACUUAAAAAGAUUGUAAGCCGUGUCACUCCAGGACAGCAGAAAUUUUCCAAAACUGCCAGUGUACUAUGGCUUCUGCAACAAGAAAUGGUAACUUGGAGGCUCAUUGCAUCACUUUACAGAGAUCGGAUACAGUGUGCAACAGAAGAUGAAAAUAUGUUUGAUAUUGCAGCACCAAAUGCCACUGAAAAAAUGAUAAUGAAUAAACUGUUUGAGCGAGAUUUACUUGUUCGUCAGAGCCAGCUGGUAGUGGACUGGCUAGAAAGUAUAGCUAAAGAUGAUGUUGGAGAUUUCUCUGAAAACAUUGAGUACUAUGCGAAAGCUGUAUACUGGGAGAAUACUCUGUCCUCAUUGAAAAAAAGAAGUAUUUCGGUACUAGGCAGUAGUCGUCCACUGGUCUCUGAACUGGAUCCUGAUGCCCCCAUUAGACAGAAACUUCCUCUGGAUGAUCUGGAUCGUGAAGAUGACAUUAGACUUCUAAAAUAUCUCUUUACUUUGAUCAGAGCUGGCAUGACUGAUGAGGCCCAGCGCUUGUGUAAGAGAUGUGGUCAGUCCUGGCGAGCAGCAACACUGGAAGGAUGGAAGCUUUAUCAUGAUCCAAAUAUAACAGGAGGUGGUGAGUUGCAGCCAGUGGAAGGCAAUCCAAACCGAUGUGUAUGGAAAGCUUGUUGUUGGCGUAUGGCAGAUGAUGAGCAGUUCAGCAGAUAUGAAAGAGCAAUUUACGCAACCUUCAGUGGAAACCUAAAGCAACUUCUUCCUGUGUGUGAAACAUGGGAAGAUACAGUCUGGGCAUAUUUCCGUGUUAUGGUUGACAGUCUGGUUGAACAGGAGGUCAGAGCCUCGCUUCUCUCCUCUAGUGAAGAAGAUGAACUACCUAGGGAGUACUUGGAGGCACACUGGACUCUAGACAUAGUUUUUGAGGAGCUCCAGGCCACUGAUAAAAAGAGAGUUUUGGAAGAAAAUAAAGAGCAUUACCACAUUAUUCAAAAGUAUAUAAUCCUUGGUGAUGUAGAUGGUUUAAUGGAUGAGUUCAGUGAAUGGCUGUCAAAAGGCAAAACGCUUCUUCUUGGUCAUCUGCUACGCUUCAUGACACAUCUAAUAUUAUUUUUCCGAACACUGGGUCUGCAAACAAAGGAGGAAGUCUCAGUGGAAGUGCUGAAAACUUACAUACAGAGACUUGUAAAUGACAGACACAUAAAACUGAUAGCUUUCUAUGUCAGCCACCUUCCCCAAGAGCUGGCUAUCGCACAGUAUGCUGCAUUUCUGGAGAACGUCACGGAGCAAGAACAGCGACAUGAGUGCCUGGAGCUCGCUAAGGAAGCAGGUUUGGAUGUUGCAACAAUAACAAAGACUGUGGUUGAAAACACCCGAAAAAAAGAUAGCACUGAAUUUACUCAUCAUGAUAUUACACCAGCCCUGGCUUCUGCCACAAGUGAGGAGGAUCGUGCAAAGAUAGAUGUGAUAGAUUGGCUGGUGUUUGAUCCUGCACAGAGAGCUGAGGCACUAAAGCAGAGCAAUGCAAUUAUCAGGAAAUUUCUGGCAUUAAAAAAACACGAUGCUGCAAAAGAAGUAUUUGCCAAAAUUCCCUCGGAUUCUAUAACCGAGAUCUAUAACCAACUGGAGGAACAAGGGAUGGACAACAUUCUGUCAGCAGAGGAUGACAAUGCUAUACGGGAACAUCUGUGUAUAAGAGCAUACUUGGAUGCACAUGAAGUUUUCAAUGAGUGGUUCAAGCACAUGAAUUCAUGUCCUCAGAAACCAACACUGGUUGAGCAUGCCUCCUUCACAGAGAAAGUCGCUUAUGAACACACUGAAAAGAAAUAUGAGGAAAUGUAUAAUACAUGGAAGGAUCACCUUGAUGCAUUAACUGCGGAAGUGAAAGAGAAAAUUUACAAUGUCUUACUGUUUGUUGAGGGAGGCUGGAUGGUAGAUGUCAGAGAUGAUGCAGAGGAGGAUCCAGAACGUAAAAAUGAAAUGACGUUUUUACGGAGUCAGUGCUUACCAAUGAUGACUUACUUGCUGCACACUGUACUGCACAACACAAAGCAGUACCAGGAAAGUCUACGGCUGGCUGACGUCGUCUCAUCAGAAAACCACAAGCUAUAUAAAGUGUUUUCCAAGGCAGAGUUGAGGAAGCUAUUGCAGAAAUUAAGAGAAUCAUCGCUGAUGUUGUUGGAUAUGCAGCUCGAUCCUCUGGGUUAUGAAAUCCAGUCCUAAUUUCACUGUUUGAGAAAAGAAGGUGGCGGCUGCUUCUGUGACUGUUCAAAACCAAUAUAUUUUUCUUAAGUUGCUGCCAGAUCUUUUUUUUUUUUUUUUGUAUAAUAAAAUACAUUUUCUCAGUAAAAUUAA